UUUUUUUCUGCACGGAAGCGGCAAUUUGGAUUUUUUCUCUCAUCAUCGUCUUCAUUCCUAACAUCGAUUGUUCACCGAAACUCUUCUGUGGAUCCCUUAACUAAGGCUACAAGAUAUCGUUAAUUAGCUAUCUUAUUCACCUGAUCUUGGUUCCAGAGAGGGAGGUUUGAUCGGAUUUUGGAAUAAGAAUAGUUUUUGUUUACCUGUUUGUUUCUUCGUUCGUUGUCUCGUUUGAUGGGUCGACUUGAAUCGGGCAGAAGAAACGGCUGGAUUGAUUAGGGUUAGGGUUUCUGUCGUCCGAAGUGGAAAGUUCGAGGAUGGCGACGACGAGGUCCUCGAAUUCAAACCCCGGCGAGGCAAUUGAUUCAACACCGUUGCUUGGGAAUGCGGCCGGAAUUCGAGAUGAAGAUCGAAGUCGACGGGCUGGUCGGAGACCGAGUUUACGUGGAGCAGCUAGGUUUCUCCGGAGGGCGAGCAGCCGCCGGAUGAUGAGGGAGCCAUCGAUGCUGGUUCGAGAGACUGCGGCGGAGCAAUUGGAAGAACGACAGAGCGACUGGGCUUAUUCGAGACCUGUUGUUAUUCUGGAUAUCAUUUGGAACAUGGCUUUUGUGAUUGUUGCCGUUUCUGUGCUGAUUUUAAGCAGAAAUGAGUCCCCGUCGAUGCCUUUGCGUUUGUGGAUUGUGGGGUAUGCCGUGCAAUGUAUCCUUCACAUGGUAUGCGUUUGUGUUGAGUAUAGGCGCCGACACUCAUCGCAGUCAUCAGAGGAAGGUGGAAAUGGGAGUAAUGGGAAUUUGAGUUCUAGCUCUCGAGAUGAUGAAGAGGAUGCUGGUGACUAUACGACCGAGAUCCGGCAGGAUGAGGAUGGAACCAGCAGUGUUGCAAAGCAUCUGGAAUCCGCAAAUACAAUGUUUUCAUUCAUAUGGUGGAUUAUUGGGUUCUACUGGGUUUCUGCUGGUGGCCAAGCUCUGACACGUGAUUCUCCCGAGCUUUACUGGCUCUGUAUUAUUUUUCUGGCAUUUGAUGUGUUCUUUGUUGUUUUCUGCGUUGCCUUGGCAUGCGUGAUUGGUAUUGCUGUUUGCUGCUGUCUUCCAUGUAUUAUUGCUGUUCUGUAUGCUGUAGCAGAUCAGGCACUCAUUGUACAUGGGCUGAUGUAUUCGGUUCUCUUUCUUUUGCAAUAUAAUACUAAACUGGGGCUGCCCCCAUCUUCAAAAGAAGAUCACUGUUCACUUUCUUCUCAUCGAAUGGAGACCUUAAUCAAUGGCGGUGAUUGGGCACCCUUCCACAAAACCACCGCCUCAUCCUCCAUCGCUGCCAUUGAAGGUGCAUCCAAAGAGGAUAUUGAUCAGCUACCAAAGUACAAAUUCCGGAGGAUUAGCGAUUUUGAGAAAAUUAGUGGUGAGAUACAAGGCCCUUUUGGAGGAAUAAUGACCGAGUGUGACACUGAAACACCUAUUGAACAUGUUCUCUCGCUGGAGGAUGCUGAAUGUUGUAUCUGCCUUUCGACCUACGACGAUGGAGCUGAGCUGCGCGAACUUCCAUGUGGUCACCAUUUUCACUGUGCCUGCAUAGACAAAUGGUUGUAUAUCAAUGCUACUUGCCCCCUCUGCAAGUACAACAUAAUAAAAAGUGGCAGUCAAGGUAGGGAAGAAGUGUAAAGGUCAGUCAGGUUAAGGAGUCGCAGUCGCAGAACCUCUUUGUAGAUCGUGGUAUAUGUGCUUUGUACGCUGACUUGUGUUCAUGCUGUGGUAUAAUACUUUGUUCCAGCGCCUGUGUCCUUGUGUUGCACGGUUGAGUGUGUCCGCUGGCACUUGACGGUUCAGUACAUACUACAUUGGCUAUUGAUGCAGGUUUUGUCGUUGUAGGAUAUGUUUUUCUUUUUUCUUUUCAAUUUGGUGAUCAAGUCCUAUAAUUUGUUUCUUAUACGUCUUGUAAGCUACAAAGGAAACAACCGGUACCGGCUUGAGUUAUAUGUGGAAGGCUAUUUUCAUCUCCUUUUAUUCAUGAAAAGUGAUAAAGUUGUUUAGAGGAAACUAUACUAAUUUAAUACAUGCGGACUCAAGUUACGUGGUUCAGAACUGAAAAGGGAUAGCGGUUGCUACUUUGGUAUGGCUGCUGCGUUUGUUUCUCUGUAGAUUUGAUAUGCCCGUGUUUAACACUGAAAUAUUUCAGCUAUUAUUCCUGUUUCUUCUACAGGAAAAAAAUUUGGUUUCCAAGCUUUCUCAUUUGUUUUGAUGUAAAUGACAAAUGGGUCAUUUUUCCAUUGUUAACUACUUAAGUUAUGAACA